CGGAGGGCUGCUGUCUGCCUCCUCUCCUCUCCGGUGGUGUUGCCUCCCUGUCGCUGCAGUGCAUUGCUGCUCGCUCGCCCUCUCUCUCUCUCUCUCUCUUCCUUCCUCGCUUUUGUACCUCGCCUCUUCCUCCUUCUCACCCGUCUCUUCCACAUCCCUCUCAUCCUCCUCCCUGUGGAUGCCUCAGCCUUGCACCCCCGCCCCAGCAUCCCGGCAAAUGGUUGUUCCAUCCCCGGCAACUCUGGACGCAGGACGCAGCGAAAAGGCUCACAGCUCCGUUCUGAUUUGAGCACACUGCGGAUUGACUUGAAAGAGGGGCGGACCAGGGACAGUAGGGAAACGAGGAGACGCCUGACAGUGGCCAGGAUCUCAUUUCGCCAUGCCAGUGCCGGAUCAGCCUGCAGAGCAGGAGAAGGGGGCCAUGGUUCCCCCUGUGAUGCCAUCCUCCAAUGGAGACAGAUCUGAGACAGAGACAACCUCCUCUAUCCUUGCCUCUGUCAAAGAGCAGGAGCUUCAGUUUGAGCGUCUGACCAGGGAACUUGAGGCUGAGCGUCAGAUUGUUGCCACCCAGCUGGAGAGAUGCAAGCUGGGAUCAGAAGCAGGCAGCAUGAGCAGCAUUAGUUCUUCAGAUGAGCAAUUUCGCUGGAACUCUCAAGCUGAUGGACAGAAAGAUAUUGAGGAUGAGUUGACAACAGGUCUGGAGUUGGUGGAUUCCUGCAUUCGCUCCCUUCAGGAAUCAGGAAUACUAGACAGUGGAGAACGACCGGCUCUUCUUUCCCAGAGUUCCUUGCAGCUCAACUCCACCCCGGAGGCUUCGCUCCAGUACUCUGCCAGCUACCAUAGCAACCAGACCCUCGCCCUAAGCGACAGCAUCUCUGCAGCAACUCCUCAGCGCAGCGGGCAAGUUGGAGGAGCUGUGCACAGCUACAACCAGGUGACAUCAAGCCGUGCAGCCCAGCAGCAACAAUCACAGACUGGGCCGGGGUCAGGUAUCUACUACUCCAGUGCCACCUUACCUGCCCAGGGUUCCCCUCUGUCAGGAGGGGGAGGCUCAGGGUCCGGUUCCCCCAGUAAACUUCAACGUCUGGGAUCAGCCUCUGAUGCACAAGGAUACGCUACCACUCAGCGGCUGCCUUCCUCUUCUUCCUCCUCUCCCAAACAGUCUCCUGCUAAUCGAUUGGCCAAAUCAUACAGCACCACAGUUGCUGUGACAACAGCAGGAGGGGGCGGUUCCCCCCUGAGGGUGGCAUCUCCACCUAAUUCCACAGCAGGAGGGGGAGGGGCCAGCUCCACAUCUUCCCCUCUUCACCAGAUGAGUUCAGGCAUAGGGAGCUAUGCAACUCUGUCUCCCAAACGACUGGCAGCUCAUCACGCUUCUGACCAGUACAAGAUCUCCCACGAACUCUACGCUACUGCUACACUGCAGAGACCUGGAAGUCUGGCAGGUUCUCGUGGCUCCUACAGUAGUCAGCAUAGUCAAGAGCCCCUUCGGCCUCUGGGGUCCCCAGAGCACCACAUAGAUCCGAUCUAUGAAGAACGUGUCUAUCACAACAAGGGCCCCAUGAGAAGCCUUAGCCAGAGCCAGGGCCCAGACUCAGGGCCCUACCGCAACAACACAGACCUGACCAUGCGUAUCCAUGAUCAGGUCCGUGACCUAAGUUAUGUCCUCUGUCCCUACUUUCCUGCCAUAGCACCCUCCUCCCCUGGUGUCGACUCCGCCCCUUUGCAGCGCACUGGAAGUCACGGCACAGGAACAGGAAACUACAACCGCGGCGGGACCAACAACUAUGCCACAGUGGGGCCAGGCUACACCUCGAGUGGCGGUAGCGGAGAUGUAUAUGGUUCAGAUCCCUAUGUGGCUGACCCCUACCGUACCCUGCAGUACUGCCCUUCAGUGGUGGAAUCACCCUACAGCAAGUCAGGACCAGCUCUGCCGCCCGAAGGCACCCUGCAGCGUUCACCUUCUAUUGACUCUAUUCAAAAAGAUCCAAGAGAGUUUGGGUGGAGAGAUCCAGAGUUGCCAGAGGUGAUCCAGAUGUUACAGCACCAGUUCCCAUCGGUGCAGUCCAAUGCUGCAGCCUACCUACAGCAUCUCUGUUUUGGAGACAACAAGAUCAAAGCUGAGAUCCGUAGACAGGGAGGCAUCCAGCUGCUCGUUGAUCUACUGGACCACAGGAUGAGUGAGGUCCAUCGCAGCGCCUGCGGAGCCUUGAGAAACCUGGUGUAUGGCAAGGCCAAUGAUGAGAACAAAGUAACCCUGAAGAACUGCGGGGGGAUUCCUGCCUUGGUCCGCCUGCUGAGGAAGACCGGAGAUGUGGAAAUCAGAGAGCUAGUCACAGGUGUGCUUUGGAACCUGUCAUCAUGUGAUGCACUGAAGAUGCCAAUCAUCCAGGAUGCCUUGGCCGUUCUGACCAAUAGUGUCAUCAUACCCCACUCUAACUGGGACUCCUCCCCAAAUCACCAUGAUGACCGCAAGCUCCACAUUCAUACAUCCCAGGUGCUGCGCAAUGCUACAGGCUGUCUCAGGAACGUAAGCUCAGCAGGUGAGGAGGCGAGACGAAGGAUGAGGGAGUGUGAUGGGCUGACAGAUGCUCUGCUCUACGUUAUCCAGACCUCUCUGGGCAGCAAUGAGAUCGACAGCAAGACUGUGGAGAACUGUGUUUGCAUCCUGAGGAACCUGUCAUACCGACUGGCUGCUGAGACAUCUCAUGGUCAGCAAGGGGGGUUGGAAGAGCUGGAUGGCCUGCUUUGUGACGCCAAUGGUCGCGAUGGAGAGAGCUCUGGUUGCUGGGGCAAGAAGAAGAAGAAAAAGAAGGGAGCUGACCAGUGGGAUGGCGUGGGCCCCUUUCCCGACACGGCAGAGCCCCCCAAAGGAGUUCAGAUGCUGUGGCACCCCACCAUCGUCAAGCCCUACCUCACCCUGCUGUCGGAAUGCUCCAAUCCUGACACUCUAGAGGGUGCAGCUGGGGCUCUGCAGAACCUGGCUGCAGGCAGCUGGAAGUGGUCAGUGUACAUCCGUGCUGCUGUCCGUAAGGAGAAAGGCCUUCCCAUCCUAGUGGAAUUAUUGAGGAUAGACAAUGACAAAGUCGUGUGCGCUGUCGCCACUGCUCUCAGAAAUAUGGCUUUGGACAUCAGGAACAAGGAGCUCAUUGGUGAACACUCAGCAAAGGUGGUAAAGGCAGCUUCUCAAGUCCUCAGCAGUAUGUGGCAGUACAGAGACCUGCGCUCUCUCUACAAGAAGGAUGGCUACUCCCAGUAUCACUUUGUGGGCUCUGCCUCAACAAUAGAAAGAGACCGGCAGAGGCCCUAUUCUUCCUCAAGAACUCCCUCGGUCUCUCCUGUAAGGACAUCUCCAAAUAACCGCUCUGCGAGCGCCCCAGCCUCCCCCAGAGAGAUGAUGAGUCUGAAGGAACGCAAGAUGGACUACGAUUCCACGGCAACCAACGCCGGUUUCCAUAGCAACAAAGGAGAGCACACAUCCCGGAAAGACGGCAUGGCAGUUCAAAUUUCCUGUGGGACAUCUACACUGUUCCGAAACUCUUACCUGACCGCCAGCGAUGAUAUCAAGCAAAACCAGGGUCCACCCCAGCCCUGCGUUGUGCCCCCUCAGCCCCAGCUGGACAGUCCAUCAGCAGCCGUGCUAAAAGACUACGACCCCUACCCUCCCCCUCCCUCCUUCCCCCAGCCUCAGCCACCGCAGCCUCCACCUCACAGCCAGAGCCGGAGCUUUGACGAGGCCUACUACGAGGACCAAGGACCACCGCCACCUCCGCCACCCCAGCCACAGCCACCGGUCCAGGCUCAGGCCCAGCCUCAGGCCCCACCCCAGCAACCUCCAAACUCCACCGGACCACCCAGGGACCCGCGGGAAGAUCUGCGCAUGCAUCUGGGCCUCAAAUCAACCGGCAACUACGUAGACUUCUACUCGGCCUCUCGGCCAUACAGCGAACUAAACUACGAGACCAGCCACUAUCCGGCCUCACCUGACUCCUGGGUCUAGUUAGACUACAGUGUUGGGGGGCAAGAAAGAGUCUGUGUGUGCUUGUGUGAAAGGGAUUAUUUUUGCAAGACAUCAGCAGUGAUUAUAAGUGGUAUUUUGAAAGCGAUCUUGUAGCCAGUGGCAGGAAAUUUAUGUUCUUUAAAAUAAGUGGGAUAGCAGAGCUGGAUGGGGAUAGGAAGUGAAGUCAGGUCGAGCGACAAAGAGAGACUGCAUGUGCAUGUGAACUUUUUUUUCCAGACCAGUUUAUUUCUUUAAAGUCAGCUCCAUUUCACCAGUGAGUGGAGCUAGUGGAAGUAGAUAUGACAAAGUGUGUUUGACAGUUUGAGCUAAGAGUAGGAAACAGAAUAUAAAAAGAGAGAAAAUGACCAGACGGAUAGAGUAUGCAGAUGUCAAGAGAGAAGAAGAGGGCGCUAGGAUAAAGAAAUAAGCAGAAGUUGAGGGAGCGUUAUUACUCUGUAGGAGCAAAGAGCUGUCUGACCUAAGGAGGAGAUGAGAGACAAAGAUGGCAUGAGGGUUCUUGAAGAGGUCAGGAAGAAUAAAAGCACAGAGAAAGAUGAAAGCACAUCAGGCAACAAGCAAGAAGUGGAUGUUUACCAUUUCACCCAAGUGACAAACGUAGCACUGCUUUUAUCCCCCUUUUUUGUUGCAAUGGCCUUGCCGCCUCCAGAGGCUUCUGAAUUUGUGUUCAAGGAAUGUCAUCUUCAAGAGACUUCUUUUUUUUGUCGUCAUUCUUUUACAUCUUUUUUAUUUGUACUUUUCUAAAUUUUCACUUUCAGCAAAACAAAAAGAAACUUUUUAUUUUCUGUGUACAGUAAAAGGUGAUAUAGUGUGUAUAUUACACGUUUUUGAUGGGCCACUUAUACAAACAUAAUUUAUUUUCCAUGACUGACUGCUGACUGAAACAUCAAAAGCAACAAAAAAAUAAGCGAAAUGUGAACACGAGAAUCAGACCUGACAGACAUCAUCAGGAUGGGUGUCAGCAGACACUUUUGUUUUGGCCCCCCUUUCCUUUCCCAGGAAGAGAGGAAGCACUGCGAUAUUUGUGUUUUUCUCUCUCCAUCGAGUGAAUUUUGUCAUGGACACAGUAAAGAGCAGUUCAAAGCUGCCAAAGCAUCAGUUUGGCAGAGCAGCAUUGUUCCAGAGUCCCCGUCAACUAAAGUGCUUUUUCACUGCCUAAAGAUUAUAUGUGUAUGUUUAAAGCACACUCUCUGUCUUUGGAAAGGUUUGUCUUUUCACUUUGGGGAAUCUGACAUGUUUGACAAUGUCAACUUUUAGUGGUUUGUCAUCAUCACCUCUGCAUAAAAAAAACAAAACUGUUUCGAGUUUUUUUUUUUUUCACAUCAGUGAAAGCCGCCAGUAUUGUACAUCUCAGUGUACAGUAGAGACAAAGGAAGACGAGAGAGAAAGGUCUUGUGCCAAACUUUGACACACAGUGGACCAGUCCAAGAGGACUUUAAAAGGAAAUUUUUGUCGACGUUUACAGACGAUGUAGACUGGCCGACUCACUCUGCUGUUUGUAACUUUUAUUUUCUUGUGUUUUUGAUCAGGUGAAGCUGUACUUAUUGCUGGGAAUCAUGGGUAAUGUCUCUCUCCCGUAGAUGUACAGACCUGCCUCUCCGUGUUGGCUGAGCACAUGUGGGUGUGUAUGCGGAUGUGUGUGUGGGCGGGGGGGGGUUGACGUGUGUGCGCACGCGUGUGUUUGUGUACAUGUGCAUGUAUGUGACAGAAUGUGUGGCCUGUGUGUACACGUAAACUUGAGCGAGCGUAUCUAUGCAUGCAUGUGUGUAGUAGUGUGCGUAUGCCUCUGUUGCGUGUAUGUGUGUGAGCGUUCCUGUACAAAUCAAUGUCCAAACAAGGCAUUCCUACCGACAGUUUGUCCAGUUUUACAACAUGAAAAACCAAGGAAAAAAAUCACUAGAAGGAAUUGUUGAUAUAGAAUGACAAAUCUAUAAAUAUAUGAAUAUGAAUAUAAAUAUAUAUAUAUAAAUAUAUAUAUAAUUUUUAUGUGCUGAUGUCAGUGUCACUAAAUGCAACAAAUGUUUGCAGAGAAAACAAUUAUGUGGUGUACAACAGGACUCUUGUUCACUUGACCUAAAAAUGGAAACUGCUGAUCGGGACCCCCCCCCACCCCAGUCGAGACAAAAAGAGAAAUCCCACCUGAAGAUGCUCAGGCUCUGGUGCGAGUUGUGUGUUGUGUGUCCAUGCUUCUUAGAUGACCCUGCUGAGAGAGGACCGUAC